AUGUAUGUGAGUGUAAUGGUUGUAGAAAAAAAUCCUGUACAAUCUUAUCACAAAUACUUGAAGGAAAAGCAAAAAAAGAAGAACGUUGAAAACAGGAUUUUGCAACGUCAAUGCAAUAACCUACUUGCCACGCCAGAAGCACUCAAAAAGGAGUUAAGCGAACUACAAUACAAAUCAUUAUUUAAGAAAUUGGAUCCACAGGAAUCUAAGAAACUUUCGGGCCUAGAAUGUACAUACGAGCAGUACCUAAUUAAAGAGCAAAGAGAGCAAAAUGAAUUGAGUGCAAAACAUACAUUAGAUAAGGAGGAUAGGCAGAAUUCUAGUGAUUCUUCUUCUGAGGAAUCAGAUGAGGCUGCCGUUCCUAUAAUCAUCGCAGGGCAAGAGCAAUCCAUUGAUUCUUUAAAAACCCAAUCAUUAUGCGACUCUUCUGAUUUCAUUGAGAAAGGCAAUAUCACGGAUUCUGUUGUAGAUUCGAAAACUGAUUUACCUACUAAAACAAGUAUCAGCAAUACUAGUAGUAUCCCAAAGGUCCCUAUCGCAAAUCCAAUGUCUGAUGCUAAAUUCCCCACAAAUAAAUCGAUAAUCAUACACAAGACAGAUAUUAAAGAUGUAUAUAAGGAUUCCAGCAAUACCUACACUUUGCCUAGCAACAAAAGGAUGCUUUCUUCUAGUAUCGCUACUAAUGUUGUACCUCCUCCACCAAUAAAUGCCCCAAAAUAUUCAUAUACUCAUGGAAUGGUAAUGAACACACCAUUUCCCAUUGGUGGUUACUAUGGACAACCGCCACCACCACCUCCACCACCCCCCUUGCCACAGCACAUGGCAAACUCAAUGACGUUGACGUCCAAUUUGGGGGUAAAUUAUCCAUCUUCAGCGCCAAAUUGUGGCAUAAUUAACCCUGCCAUGCGAGUACAGCAGCCAGUGUGUUCAGUAAACAAGAAGGCUAAGAGUUCAAGUGUCACACCUAGCGCAGUAAGAAUCAUACCUAACCUGAUGGUACCACUGAGUAAAAGUGGGAAUAUUAACAAGAUUUUUGAGGAAGCCAAAGAAAUUCAAGAUAUGGAUAAGGAAUACAAGAAUUUUAUGGGCGAAAUAAACAAGCUGCAAUCGCAAAUAUAG